AUGGAUGCUGAUAUUGGCUUGCUUGUUGGUAAGGGCGUGGGAACUCUGCAGAAGAAGAUUUGGAACUACACAUCCGCUUACCAGGUGGCCCAUCUUCAGGCGACCGGAAAGGUGAGGCGUGUCCCAAUGAAUGGCUUUGACGAGUGGACUGAUGCAGAGGUCCAACCGUCUCUGCUUCCUAAGUGGUUGAGAGUGGUGCUGGGCUCGCUGCCCAUCCUGGGCAUUCUCGUUGCUGGCCCGUUCCUCUCGCGCACAGCCAGGUGGGCUUUGGAGCAGGAGUCGAGGACUACCAAGGAUGAGUGA